UGUGUCUGGAAGCUGUCAGGUACACCAAGGAUACCUCACCAACACCAUCUCUGCGCCGCUCCUCAGGAGUCUACGGCAACGUCAGAGCCGAGAUGGGGCGGAAAGAGAUCAUAUGCAGCUGGAAGAAAAGCACGAGUAACAUCAAAGAAGUGUUUGAGUUCCUGGGGAAGAUGGGAUCGGGGACGUUUUCAGAGGUGUACAUGGUGAGAGAGAAGAAAACAGGAGAGCUGUAUGCACUGAAGUGUCUGAAGAAGAAACACCUCGCUCAUAGCAAUCUGGAAAAUGAAAUCAACGUCCUGAGAAGGAUAAAACACGACAACGUGGUUGGACUGGAGGAUUUCUAUGAGAGCCGGACACACUAUUACCUGGUCAUGCAGCUAGUUUCAGGAGGCGAGCUGUUUGAUCGCAUUUUAGACAAAGGGGUUUACACAGAGAAAGAUGCCAGUAUGGUGAUCAGACAGGUGCUGGAGGCCGUCGGCUACCUUCACAAAAACAGCAUUGUGCACAGAGACCUAAAGCCUGAGAACCUGCUGUACUAUAACACUGAUGAGAACGCUAAGAUCAUGGUCAGUGACUUUGGUCUGUCUAAGACGUUGGAGCACGGUGAGAUGUCAACGGCCUGUGGUACACCAGGUUAUGUUGCUCCUGAGGUUUUGGCACAGAAACCCUACAGCAAAGCAGUGGACUGCUGGUCCAUUGGAGUCAUCACUUACAUCCUACUCUGUGGCUACCCUCCAUUCUUUGAAGAAAAUGAAAGUCGUCUGUUCUCGAAGAUCAUGAGGGCAGAGUACGCGUUUCAUUCACCGUUCUGGGACGACAUCUCUGAGUCGGCCAAAGACUUCAUACGAAAUAUGAUGGAGAAAAACCCCAAGAAGAGAUUCUCCACUGAAGAGGCACUCACACACCCCUGGAUUGCAGAAAACACAGCUAAGGAUGUUGACCUUUAUCAGUCCGUCUGUGAGCAGCUGGAGAAAAACUUUGCCAAAUCAAAGUGGAAGCAAGCGUUCAAUGCAGCCUCAGUCAUCCAUCACAUGAAGAAACUCUCCCAGAGUGAUUCCUCGCCAUCCCCGUGCUCCACACCAGACAUCACCAGAAAGUUGUCCUCCAACGAUGACCUCGAGGCGUUGGAAGCCUGCUUUGAUGAGCCGGAUGAUCUUGACCCCAAUGGGAAUCCGUUUGAGUCACGCAGAAACUCUGAUCUGACUGAUGAAGACUCGAGGGGAGUCGAUUCAGGGAGUGAUGAUUCAAUGAGGUCAUCAAAGAGUCAAAAUGCUGAGGGGAAGGACCAACCCAUCCAAUCUGGAGUGUGUUCUGUGAUGUGAUUGGCUGGCUGACUGAUGAUUACUCUCAUACAGGUAAUUUCGCGACGUUUGGCACUCAACCGUCUUGGUAUGAAAGUGUCGAAACAUCUGCGGCUCAGCUGUUUGUGUCUUUUGUGGUUCUCUGCUGCAAAACAACAUCAUGGGACACAUAUGCUGUAAAGAAUGAGUGUCUAUGCAGUGAACACCACAUUAACAGACACAUGAAGGAAUUCACUUUCUUAUGCCCACUGUUCCAAAGAUGGCAUUCAUUUUCUCAUAUGAUGUAUAUAACUGUGAACAUGUUAUAAAUAUAUUAUUCUGUAUAUAAACCAUGCAUUUAUUUGAAUUAGAUUUAGCUGACAUUGUGAAUGCAGUGUGAAAGCUAAUUAAGGCUUUAAUUGAUGUGUUUUGAGGUUGUCAUGGCUUUACACUGUCAUAUAAAUGCUCUGUUUUAAGAUAUUUGAUGUUUAUUCGCCGCUGGAAACUGUGACAUAAUCUGGGGAUGGAAAUCUUUUUGUUCAUGAGAUUAUUCUGAAGGUGGAGUCACUGACGUGCAGCGGCCUGGUGUCAGCUGUGCUCUCAGUGAUGUGCACAUAAGCUGCUCUUUUGUUACACAACUGAACUCAUUAAGUGCCACAAACUGAUGUAAAGAUGCUGUCACACUUCUGUCAUGUAUGAUAUUAAUUUCACAUAUUUAUCUAUUUCACGUGUGUUUUUUCUUAUGUAUUAUAAUCCAAAGAGAUGAGUAGCAGGGUCAGGGUACCAAAGUGUAAUUUAUUUUGAAAGAGCAUUUGAUCAUAUGGAAAUUAAGAGAAC